AAACAGCAGUGUCAUCAGACACUGCCACGGCAUUAGGAAAGAAGAAAAUGAGGCGUAUUUUGACGAAAAAGUCAUAUGUUCCAGUGAUUGAAGAAGAGGAAGCUGGCGCUCUAUUAGACCUGCCUUUGGAAAGCUUGCUUCCACGAUACCUUCAAAGCUCGUAUAGCUCGCCGGUGACUUUUGCUGAAGAAGAGGCCCAUGGCCAGCGCAAAAAUAAACACGAGUACCAAAAAAGUGCCACGAGUGGGAAUAACUCAGGGUCUCUCCUUGAGAAGGACUCGAGCUAUGCAAAUUACGCAAACUAUUCAAAUUUGUUGCAAGUGAUAUCGCCUGUUGAGAGUGUGAGCAUGUUUAGGCAGAAUUCCCCACGGUUCAUGAGAUCUCCGGGCGGGAACCGUGAGAGCCGUCCAGAUGACAGAAAAGUCUGGCAAUUGGUGCUCAGCGAUAUUUCACUCUCGGCGGCCAGGCUUUCCACCGGUAGCGAGGGGACCUCACGCGAUGAGUUCGAGGAUUUGAAAGGCGACCUUACCCACGCCAAGGUGAAAGAGCACCCCGAUUUCUUUGCGGAGAAUAUGAGACAGGCGAAAGCGAAGUUCUACGGGCACGCCACAGAAGAGGGCGGAGACACAAAGAGAAAUUCCUGAAUGAAGGACACGGUAUUUAUCAUGAGC